AUGAAGUCAUCCAUCUUUUUCGUCGCCCUCUCCAGUAGUCUUUCUACCGCCGCCCCAACUGCUUCAACCCAGCAGAGCGAGUCGGUGUCAGCUGACAACGCCAUGGGCGUCGCGUACUUCUUGAUUGCCGUCGAAAGCUACAAGGAUGCCCCGAGUGUCAGCAAGAGAGACUUGCCAGCUGAUGCUGUUGCGGUUCGCGCCACUGAAGACGUGAUCAACUCGAUGAAAGCGCGAAUAAAAAGCAUCACAGGCUCUACGGCAGGCUUGGCUACCUACUCUUCGCUCGAUAUCACGCUGGGAACCGAUGUCGGUGGAAGCAUCCGAGACCUGGCGGUUGCACACGGCAUCUACGGAUUUCGCCCGUCGCACAAUGGCUUCCCGGCUCCAGACACGAUGCGUCCUUGCCCGCACGUCUAUGCCCUCACUUUCAAUACAGCAAGCGUUACUGACAGAGCACGAGAUCUUCCACACCUGGGCUUUCUUGGGCGUAGCAGCCGGACCAGGCUAGAAUUCGGUCGUCAAUGGCUCGCUGCCCCCGUUGACCCUACAGAAAGUCGAGUUCUGGAGCCACUCGCCCGACUUUCGAAAGUGUAUCGAGAGAAGUUCGACUCAGCACCCUACGUUUGCAAAGUUACUCAAUGGCUGUGGAACAGGGGGCAGGCAAUGACAAGUUCUCGCAAACACGAGGCGUCGAAUGAAGUGACCAUGCACAACGAGUGGCUCUUCCAGCAUAUUCUCAACGAUCAAAGCACCAUCAUGAUCAUCACACGCUAUAAGCUGGAUUACCGGAAUGAGUACCUCUCAGCUCCACAAGACAGAGAUUUAUACGGCUUCGACUCAAACUUUCACGCGUCCUUUGCUGGUGUGCCCAGCAUUAUUUUCCCAGUCGGCCAAUGCCCAUUCUACUCCCAAGUCACGCAAAGGCAAGAGUUCUUCCCGGUAUGUCUAUCGAUCAUCGAGCCUGAAGAUAAGGAUAUUGGCUUGCUGAGCCCGGUUCGCGACUUUCUCGCGGGAAACGGCCUGCCCUCAUCAGUUUUGAACGGAAGCACCCCAUUCGAGCCUGUUCAUGAUACCAAGCGGAAACCCUGA